AUGGCCAAGUUGUUGCACCUCUCUAUUUUCUUUCUUGCGGCAUUGGUGCUGCAAUGCCAUUGCACUGAAGACGACAGGAAGUCUCAUGUUGUGUACAUGGGAGAUCGUCCCAAGGAUGCUGCAUCAGUCGCGUCGACGCACCACAAUAUGCUAGCAGAAGUACUUGGCAGUUCAUCGGAGGCUAGAGAAUCACUAAUUUAUAGUUACGGGAAGAGUUUCAAUGGAUUUGUAGCCAAACUAUCAGACAAAGAAGUUGCCAGGAUCAAAGAAAUGGAGGGAGUGGUUUCAGUGUUCCCUAAUGCCCAACUGCAAGUGCACACUACAAGAUCAUGGGAUUUCAUGGGCCUCCCUGAAUCUCAUCCCAGGUUGUCUGCUGAAGGAGAUGUUAUUGUUGGGUUGCUAGAUACAGGAGUUUGGCCUGAAAACCCAAGUUUCAGUGAUGAAGGCUUUGAUCCACCACCAGCAAAAUGGAAGGGUAUCUGCCAGGGUGCAAACAAUUUCACCUGCAACAAAAAGGUCAUUGGAGCCCGUUUCUAUGAUCUGGAGAAUAUCUUUGAUCCUAGGCAUGAUAUCAAAUCCCCGAGGGACACGUUAGGACAUGGAAGCCACACUGCUUCAACUGCAGCAGGGAUAGCUACGAAUGCAAGCUACUUCGGAUUAGCUGGAGGUGUGGCUAGAGGAGGAGUUCCGAAUGCAAGAGGAUUUCCGAAUGAUAUGGCUAGAGGAGGAGUUCCGAAUGCAAGAAUUGCUGUCUACAAAGUAUGUUGGGCAAGUGGCUGUACCUCUGCGGAUAUCUUAGCAGCUUUUGAAGAUGCAAUAGCAGAUGGGGUGGACCUUCUAUCUGUUUCGCUAGGGAGUGAUUUCCCAGCUCCGUAUCACGAAGAUGCAAUUGCCAUUGGAACUUUCCAUGCCAUGAAAAAUGGAAUUUUAACUUCCUGUUCUGCAGGAAACAGUGGACCAAACAGGAGACAAGUCUCAAACUAUGCACCUUCACUAACUGUAGCUGCAAGCACCAUUGACAGGAGUUUUUCCACUAAAGUCGUGCUCGGAAACGGACAGAUCUUCCUUGGAAAUUCGCUCAACAUCUUCGAUCUCCACGGAAAAACAUUCCCAUUGAUCUAUUCUGGGGACUCCGCAAACUAUACUGCUGGAGCUGAUCCUGAAUUAGCAGCAUGGUGCUUUCCCGGAACUCUAGCCCCUCUAAUAACCAAAGGAGGAGUGGUCAUGUGCGAUAUUCCUAACGCACUUGCCUUAGUGCAAGGGUCAGCGGGUGUUAUAAUGCCCGUGUCCAUAGAUGAAUCUAUACCUUUUCCCUUCCCUCUUUCUCUGAUCAGUCCUGAGGACUACUCUCAGCUUCUGGACUACAUGAGAUCCACACAGACUCCUACAGCAACCAUUUUGAUGACUGAGCCAGUGAAGGAUGUGAUGGCUCCCACAGUAGUCUCUUUCUCAUCAAGAGGUCCAAGCCCCAUUACUCCUGAUAUCCUCAAGCCUGACCUUACUGCCCCUGGUCUGAACAUCCUUGCUGCCUGGUCUCCCCUAGGAGGUGCUUCGAUAUCCCCUUGGGAUGAUAGGACAGUAGACUACUUUGUAAUCUCUGGUACAUCCAUGUCUUGCCCACAUGUUACUGGUGUUGCAGCAUUUGUUAAAGCAGCUCACCCAUCAUGGUCUCCCGCUGCUAUCAAGUCUGCCCUCAUGACCACAGCUACAAUUAUGGAUUCAAGGAAGAAUGAAGAUGCCGAAUUUGCCUACGGAUCUGGACAGAUUGAUCCAUUAAAGGCACUAAACCCGGGGCUAAUCUAUAAUGCAAGUGAAGCAGAUUAUGUCAAUUUCCUCUGCAAGGAGGGUUACAACACUACCCUUGUAAGAAUAAUCAGUGGAGACAAUAGCACUUGCCCAAGCAACGAACUAGGCAAAGCAUGGGAUCUUAACUACCCAACAUUUGCUCUCUCAUUGUUAGAUGGAGAGACUGUCAUGGCUACAUUCCCAAGAACUGUCACCAAUGUGGGCACUCCAAACAGCACUUACUAUGCAAAGGUUUCAAUGCCAUCCCAAUUCACUGUUACAGUACAACCAUCAGUUCUUUCCUUCUCACAGGUUGGAGAGGAGAAAUCAUUCACUGUUAAGAUCACAGGAGCACCUAUAGUUAACACCCCUAUCGUCUCGCGUUCACUAGAAUGGACAAACGGGGAAUAUGUAGUUAGGAGUCCAAUUGCUGUUUUCAACAACAUGCCUUCAAUUUUUUCAUCCAUUGAUGAGCAGCCACAAUCAAAACCCAAGUUUAAAGGUCCAUGGGAGGGUUCCACUUCCACCAUCUAUCACAAGAAGGGCACCUUUAAGAGCAUACAGAGAUCAGAUCGUACUGAUGGCUUCGGCUUGGUAUCCAAUAACAGGUUGGGUUAUCACAAGCACUAA